CCCAAAAUCAAAAUCAAAAUAAUAUCAAAAGAAUAAAGAAAAGAAAUGAAAAAUAAUAUUUUAGUAAUUGGAUCUGGUAGUAGAGAACAUGCUAUAACAUGGAAAUUAUUACAAUCUAAAGAUGUUGAUAAAGUUAUUUUAGUACCAGGUAAUGCAGCUAAUGCCACUAUGGAUAGAGUUAUCAGUGUUCAAUGUUCAAAGAUUGACGGCGAAUCCAUUUCAAAUAUUUGUAAAGAUUAUAAUGUAGAAUUAGUAUUUGUUGGACCAGAGGUACCAUUAGUUGACGGUAUUGCUGAUCAAUUAAAGAGAAAGGGUAUUAGUUGUUUUGGACCAUCAAUGAAAGCCGCAGAAAUUGAAGGUUCAAAAGUAUUCUGUAAAGAUUUUAUGGCUAGAAAUAAUAUUCCAACAGCAACUUAUCAAACUUUCACAGAUUAUAAUAAAGCAAAAGAAUAUAUUGAAACAUUAAAUUAUAAUAUAGUAUUAAAAGCAUCAGGAUGUGCUGCAGGUAAAGGUGUUUUAAUUCCAAAAAAUAAAGAAGAAGCUUUAAAUUCAUUAAAGAGAAUUAUGAUUGAUAAAGAGUUUGGUAGUGCCGGUGAUGAAAUUGUUAUUGAAGAGUUUUUAGAUGGUGAAGAAUGUAGUUUAAUGUGUUUUUCAGAUGGUUAUAGUUGUGUUGUAAUGCCACCAGCUCAAGAUCAUAAAAGAGUAUUUGAUAACGAUCAAGGACCAAAUACAGGUGGUAUGGGUGCCUAUGCUCCAGCCCCAUUCGUCAUCAAUACAAAGAGUGGUAAAGGUUCAAGUGGAUUCGGUAGUAUUAUUGAUCGUUGUGUUGAAUCAAUUUUAAAACCAACCAUCAAUGGUAUGAGAAAAGAAGGUAGACCAUUUGUUGGUGUAUUAUUUGCAGGUUUAAUGGUCAAUAAGCAAAAUGGUGAUAUUAAAGUUUUAGAAUUUAAUUGUCGUAUGGGUGACCCAGAGACUCAAGUAGUUUUACCAUUAUUAGAAACCGAUCUUUAUGAAAUCGUUUCAGCUUGCUGCGAUGGUCGUUUAGAUAGCAUCAAUGUUAAGUGGUCAGAUAAAUAUGCCGUUACUGUAGUUGCCGCCUCAAAAGGUUAUCCAGAUAGUUAUCCAAAAGGUAUUAAAAUUCAAGGUCUCGAGAAUAACAGUCACAUCAAUCAAGAUAAUAUAAUUUUCCAAGCCGGUACCAUUAAGAAGGGUGAUGAAAUUUUAACAAAUGGUGGUCGUGUUUUAUCAGUCACAGCAUUAUCAACACAAUUAGAGGAUGCUAUUCAAAAAUCAUACACACUUUUAAAGACUAUCUCAUUUGAUGGUAUGCAUUAUCGUUCAGAUAUUGGUCAAAAGGCAUUAAAUCAUUUAAAAGAACAAAAAGAAAAACAAGAAAAAUCAGUUUCAUACAGCGAAUCAGGUGUAGACAUUGAAAGAGGUGAUGCCGUUGUUGAUAACAUUGGCCCAUUAGCUAAAAUGACAUCAAGAUUAGGUUGUGUUAGUGAUUUAGGUGGUUUUGGUGCAUUAUUCGAUACUAAAGCUGCUGGUUUCAAAGAUCCAAUCCUUGUUUCAGGUACUGAUGGUGUUGGUACAAAAUUAAAAAUUGCUCAAGAACUUGGUAGACACGAUACUAUUGGUAUCGAUUUGGUUGCUAUGUGUGUCAAUGAUGUUGUAGUUCAAGGUGCUGAGCCAUUAUUCUUUUUAGAUUAUUUUGCCACAGGUAGAAUUCAUGUUAAUGUAGCCACUCAAGUUGUUGCAGGUAUUGCUAAGGGUUGCAAAGAUUCAGGUUGUGCUUUAAUUGGUGGUGAAACCGCUGAAAUGCCAGGUAUGUACAAAGAUGGUGAAUAUGAUUUAGCAGGUUUCUCAGUUGGUGCUGUAGAACGUACCCAAAUGUUACCAAAGAAUAUUGCCCCAGGAAAUGUUUUAUUAGGUUUAGCAUCAUCAGGUGUUCAUUCAAAUGGUUAUUCAUUAGUACGUUAUUUAAUCGAAAAGAAGAGUGGUCUUACUUAUAGUGACAAAGCUCCAUUUGACUCUAGUAAAACUCUUGGUGAAGUCCUUUUAACCCCAACUAAAUUAUACGUUUUAUCUUGUCUUGCUGCUAUCAAGGCUGGUGGUGUCAACGGUUUGGCUCAUAUCACCGGUGGUGGUAUCACUGAAAAUUUACCAAGAGUUAUUCCAGAUGGUUUAGAUUGUGAAGUUAAAUUAAACAGUUGGGAAAUUUUACCAAUUUUCAAAUAUUUAAAUCAAUUAGGUAAUAUGGAAAUCACUGAAUUAUUAAAAACAUUUAAUUGUGGUAUUGGUAUGAUUUUAAUUGUAGAUCAAGAUAAAGUUUCAAGUAUUAAAGCAGUUUUAGAAUCAAUGAACGAAACAGUUUAUGAAAUUGGUAAAGUUGUACAAUCAAAUAAUAAAAACCAAAAAUCAAAAGUAGUUUAUAAUUAAAUUAAAUAAAUAUAAUAAAAUAAAUAAUAAAUUAAAAAUAAUAAUAAUAUAAUAUUAUUAUUAAAUAAAUAAUGGUAUUUUAUAAAAU